AUGAGUGACAAUGGCUCUCUACUGGAGUUCUUCAAGGAAGAGGCAUUGAAGGAGGAGAGGCGCCACGAACAAGCGGAGGCCAAGACGGACCGCUUCUUGGCCUUGUUUGAGAAGCUUAUUGAGAAGCUGCUUCACUUCACCUCACUGCUUCAGAACAAGAACAAGAACUGGUGCCUGAAGUCCUCUCUGGUGAUCCUGCUAAACUCCCCAAGGAUUGCUGAAGAGGACAUCACGAUCAAAUUCUUUGAAUCAGGGCACACCUUUAUGAGCGCGGAGAGUUUCCACCAUGAGGCUAGCGCUAGCCACCCGCGCUGCAACUUCCACCAGGCUCUGCGAAGGGAGGAGGAGAAGUGCCGCACUCGCUUGACGGCCGAGGAGGAGGAGGAGGAGAGGAGGAGCGAGGGAUCUGGAGGUGUGCGUUGCAAAGGGUUCUGGGAUCGCCUCAUGUGCUGGGGUCAAUCGGAGGUCAACGCCACCGUCACCAUCCCCUGCCCAGACAUCCUGAAGGAGCUGUUCCACACUCACGGUGUGAUCAGCAGGAACUGUUCACCGGAUGGCGCCUGGUCCGACGUCUUCCCGAACAUCAGCACGGCCUGUGGAACCACACCACAUAAGGAGAAGCUGGUCUUCUUCUUGGUGGUGAGAGUUCUGUACACACUAGGCCACGCCCUCUCCUUGGUUGCCCUGACGACCAGCGUGGCGAUUCUGUGCUCCUUCAGGCGUCUGCGCUGUACCAGGAACUACAUCCACUUGAACCUCUUCAUCUCCUUCAUGCUACGAGCGGUUAGCGUGCUAAUCAAAGACCAUCUCAUCUUCACACACACGCAGACCGCACACUGCAACCCCACUGGAUCACUGGUGGGCUGCAGGCUGAGUCUGGUGCUGUGCCAGUAUUGCAUCAUGGGAAACUUCCUCUGGCUGCUGGUGGAGGGACUGUACCUGCACGCACUGCUGACGCUGCAAACACACACACACCUCACACACUACCUGCUCAUCGGCUGGGCUAUCCCAGCAGUGUUUGUGGCCGCGUGGGCUAUUGCAAGACUUUACUUGGAGGACACGGGGUGCUGGGAGAGGAAUGACAGCACUCUGCCUGGUUGGCUAAUCAAUGGACCAAUCACACUGUCCAUCACAGUGAACUUUGUGCUCUUCCUCCACAUCGUUCGCAUCCUCCUCCAGAAGCUCCGAUGUCCGGGCGCUGACCAAUCACAAUACAGGCGGUUGGCAAAAUCCACUUUACUUCUCAUCCCGUUGUUUGGGAUUCACUACGUUCUUUUCGUCUCCCUCAAUGAGUCGGUUGCCGACUACAAGAUAUUAUUUGACCUCGGAAUAGGCUCCUUCCAGGGUUUGGUGGUGGCGAUCCUCUACUGCUUUCUGAAUUCAGAGGUGCAGGCUGAGCUGAAGAGGAAGUGGCACAGCCUCUGCUUCCUGUUUAUGUCCCGCCCACACCACCCCCACCACAGGCAGCCCUCCCUCUCGCUAUCCCAGAACGCAUCGGUGCGCACCACUGUACUCUAG